AUGGCGGUGUGUGAUUGGCGGCGCUUUUGCUGUUGCGUUUGUGCGGUUGUGGUGACGCAGGGCUCGCUGCAACACCAGGUGCCCAAGGUGCUCACCGUCACGCUCAAGAAGCAGCACGGUCUGGGCCUCAGCAUCGUCGCCGCCAAGGGUGCCGGUUUGGACAAGCUGGGAAUCUACGUCAAGUCGGUGGUCAAAGGCGGCGCUGCUGAUCAGGACGGGCGUUUGGCUGCUGGGGACCAGCUGCUCAGCGUCGAUGGGAACAGCCUCGUGGGCCUUUCUCAAGAGAGGGCGGCCGAGCUGAUGACCCGCACCGGCUCGGUGGUGACGCUGGAGAUCGCCAAGCAGGGAGCCAUCUACCACGGCCUAGCCACCCUGCUCAACGAGCCCUCGCCCACCACGCAGCACAGAGGAACGGACCGUCGCACCGGUGGCAAGGCGAGGCCCAAGAGCGAGGGGCUGGAGUUGUACCGCGGCGCGGCGCGUCCCGACAGCCCGGAAGAGCCGGCAGAGACCCACACCGACGCCCACCAGCAGCAGCAGCAGCAGGAGCAGCAGGGCGGCGCAGUCUCUCACGGCGACGACCGGCUCGUGAAGAACCGCGCAGACCACCGCUCUACCCCCAACGUCGCGCACUCCCCCGACAGCGUGGGUCUCCGCCCCGUGUACCCGGGCGCUCCGGCCUCCAGGGUCCAGUCGGUGUCGACCGGCAACCUCAAGGCAGAGGAGAGUCCCUCUCCGCCGUCGCUCGAGGCCUACCCGGUGCCCACAGCCACCUACGCACGCGAGUGCAGCACGCUGCCACCCCCGCCCGCAGACAGCUCCCCCGCUUGGGCGGCCUCCGGCAUGCAGAGAGCGGCGCACUCCGAGGAGGAGCUGCGGCGAGACCGCCCCUACCGUGCGGCGGGGCCGCCGCCGCCACCGCCACACCACCACCACGGGCAGCAGCAAGCGCAGCGCCAGCAGCCGCCCUCCUCGCUCCUAUCCUCCUCCAGCCACGAGCAGUCGGCGCUGUCGGCUCGCGCGCCGCAGUACGGCAUCGCCGUGGGCGGCGCCGCCUCCGCCAAGACGGGGCCGGGCCGCUGGAAGACGCCCGUCGUCAGCGGUGGCGGCGGCGGCGGCGGUGGCCAGCAAGGAGGCGGCCUCCCUCCGCCGCCCCCUCCGACGCGGUACCCGCCGGGGUACGGCCCCGAGUCGCGGGACCUCCCGCCGCCACCGCCGCCUCCGCCGCCGGCGUCCGCCCUGCACGGCAUGGGCGGGAUGAGCGGCGGGGGCACGUCCUCGUCGCUGUCGUCGCUUUCGUCGCCGUCGCUGCCGUCGCCCGGCUAUGGCGGCGACGCGGGGCCCGAGGCGGAGCGCAAGCGCGAGGAGCAGCUGCGCUGGUACGAGGCGGAGAAGGCGCGGCUGGAGGAGGAGCGCGAGCGACAGCGGCGCAGGAAAGCGGCGGGGGCCGCUGCUCCCGGCGGCGGUGGCGGUGGUGGCGCGGGCGCGGGGUCGGUGGUGAGACCGCACGAAAGGCCGGCGGUGCCGUCGCAAGGAGACACGAUCAUCAGGGAGCUGCGCCCCCAGUCGCAGCCGCGCACCAUCGAGCGCCACGACCUGCACUUCCUGGUGCCCCCCCCCGCGGGCACCGGCGAGGAGGAGAGCGCCAGCGGCUCCCCGCAGCUGUCGCCGUCGCCGUGGGCGCGCGACGCCCGCGAGCGCCAGGAGAAGCAGCGGCAGCAGCAGCAGCUGGAGAUGCUGGAGCGGGAGAUCGCGGCGCUGCAGUCGCGGCCGCAGCACCAGCUGCUGCCCGAGGAGAGCGACCGGCUGCGCAAGCUGCUGCUGGAGCGCGAGUUUCAGCGGCGCGUGCAGGAGGUGUCGCUGCGCCGGCGGGGCGGCGACGACGACGAUGACGACGACGACGACUACGAAGAGAGGGACGACGACGAGGGAGGUGGAGGCACUAGGAUCGGGGCGCAGGCCGCAGGGCAGAAGCAGUCGGUGCAGGAAAAGCCUCUGCCGUGGCAACACCAGCAGACGGGAGACUUCCACCAGCAGCAGCAGCAAAGGCAUGAGGAGGAGACGCACGUGUUGCAGGCCUUCCCGACUCUCUCGGUCUUGCACUUGCUCCAGGACGAGGAGCGCCGGAAGCAUCAGCAGCAGGCGGAGGAGCGUGCGCGGCAGCAGAGGGAAGCGGAUGAGCGGGCAAGGCAGCAGCGAGAAGCGGAGGAGCGAGCGAGGCAGCAGCGAGAAGCGGAGGAGCGAGCGAGGCAGCAGCGAGACGCGGAGGAGCGAGCGAGGCAGCAGCGAGAAGCGGAGGAGCGGGCGAGGCAGCAGCGAGACGCGGAGGAGCGGGCGAGGCAGCAGCGAGAAGCGGAGGAGCGAGCGAGGCAGCAGCGAGAAGCCGAGGAGCGAGCUCGACAGAGGGAAGCAGACGAACGGGCGAAGCAGCAGCGGGAAGCAGAGGAGCGGACGCGGCAGCAGCGGGAAGCGGAGGAGCGGACGCGGCAGCAGCGAGAAGCGGAGGAGCGGACGCGCAAGGUGGAGGAGCAGCGGCGCCGCGACGACGACUACUACGCUCACAUGGAGUCGGAGCGGCGGCGCGCGCUGGACGAGGAGGAGCGCCGCCUGCUGGGUCCCGGCAACAACAACGGCGGCGGCGGCGACGACGGGACAUCCACGGCGGCCUACGCCGCCACCACCGCCGCCGCGUCUCCGCCGGCGCCGUCCCAGCAGAGUAAGCCUCGCGGCGGAGGCGGAACGGGCAUCGGCGGCGGCAUCGGCGGAGGCAUCGGCGGCAUCGGCGGAGGCGGCGACGUCGUGCACAGAGCCAUGCUGGUGCGGUGCGGUGACGGCGAGGAGGAGGAGGACUCUGCAAAGACGAGAGACGCUCGCACUAACCCCGCGGCGGCGGCGGCGGCCGCCCCCCUGCGCUGGCAGCAGCAGCAGCCGGGCGGCGGCGGCGGCGCCGUGACGACGCGCCGACCGCCGCUCGCCCGGCCGCCGCGCCCCGUGUCGGACGGCUUUGCGCUCUCGUCGGCCGCGGGGGGGGCGGCCGGCCUGGGCAGGCAGGCGCCGUCGGUGGCGGCUUCCAGCAGCAUGGCCGACCUGGCGCGCGUCGGCCGCGGCGCUGUCGGCGCCGCGGCGGCCCAGCAGCUCCGCGGCACGCCGGCCUCGCUGCUGCUCACCUAUGCUUCGCCUGGAAACUCGCAAGGCAUGAACACGUACCGGCCCGGCGGGACGCCCGGCGUCAUCGGCUCCCAGGAGGUUUACCGCGACCCACGCGAGCGUCGCACCAAUCAGAGCAAACCAGAGGCGGGCGAGCGCCCGAGCCCGAUGCCCGAGAAGCUGCCGUUCCGUGAGCGCCAGCGCCUCUUCUCGCAGGGCCAGGACGUCGCCAACAAGAUCAAGACGUCGCGCAAGCUCAUGGAGCUCGAGCAGGAGCUGGGAAACAAAUAAAGCGGCGAGCGGCGGUGUGCGGCGCGGCUCAGUCUGUCGCUCGCUCGCUCGGUCAGUCGGUCGGUCAAUCAGUCGGUCGAUUGGUCAGUCGGUCGGUCCAUCGGUCAGUCGGUCGGUCCAUCGGUCAGUCGGUCGGUCAAUCAAUCGGUCAAUCAGUCGGUCGGUCAAUCGGUCGGUCGAUCGGUCAAUCAAUCGGUCGAUCAGCCGGUCAAUCAAUCGGUCAAUCAAUCGGUUAAUCGGUCAGUCGAUAGCUCGCGUGCCCGCUCGCUCGCGGAAGACCGUCUGUGUGUCUCUCUCUCUUUGCCUCUCUGCGUCUCGGCCUCUGGCUCGGUCCGUCUGGCCCGCCGGCCGACGGAGAGAAAACACAACAAACGAUCUGAUCCGGUGGGGGGGGGGGGGGGGUGUCUCCCCACGCUUCCUCCUCGGUGAGGCGACACCACCGCCGACGACGACGAUGCUGAUGAUGAUGAUGACGACGUUGAUGAUGAUGGGGUCCAUCGCUUGGUCCGCCGUGGAAGACAGCCCUUCGUGUGGCCCCUCUGUGCCUGCCCGUCCCCCUCCCCCCGUCUUUCUCGCCAUCUUUUGGCGGUGGCGUGCGCGGUGUAGCAUCCAUCCGGACGUCUCUCUCUGCGUCUCUCUCUGCGUCCCUGUCUCUCCCGGCUGUCCUUCCAUCGCUGACGGGGCAGCGCGAUCGCGAGCACGUCCUAGGAUGUCUCUGCGGGGAGCGGCGAUGGUAGCGGUUGGCACCGCCGCGCCACGAAGCCGGCGACCCGAGUUCGAUUCCCGCUCGCGGACAACACCGGUGACGAUUAACCUGGCCCAAGUCCUAGGCCUCCCCUAGGUCGACUCGGCCUCGAAUUAGUACCAGGUGUGUGAAAUCAUCGCCACUGGUUGCUGGCCACCCACCCCCUCGUGGUACCGUGCCAGCCUUCACAGGUGCUCGCUAACAGCACUUGCCCCUACAGCCUGUUAAGGAUAUGCCGGGAGUGGUCUUCGUCUCUGUGCACGUGGCUGGCUUUCUCUGCACGCUGGUGGCGUCACAGCAAAGCGCACGAAUGACGGCGGCAUCCUUCCGCUGGGAGUCUUGUGCGCGUCGCUCGGCUGUCUUUGAUCGCCCGGAACCGUAUCAACGAUCCGGAGAAUACCUCCACGCGUCCUUGACGGGAUGCACGCGUGCGUGCGUGUCGAGCCAGCACUUUGACCCUCAAAGUGCACCUGGCCUGGCACAAGCGCCGCGGUGACGUCACUGCCACUCGGUGGCGAAUGGCGGCUGUUAUUGGUGGUGGUGAGCCAGCACUGAUGAUGACGACGACGCUGCUCGUUGUCGAGAUGAAGGAGGGGACCCCCUGCUACUUCUGUAAUAUUCCCGCGCGCGUUUAGACGCGUCGAAACCUUUGGCAACGCUGAGAGCCCCCCUCGCCCCCCCAAAUCCGCGACACCGCGCGGAUUUUUCCCCAAAACUUCCGAUUCGUCGUCGGGUCGAUGGUGGAAAAAAAACCAAAUCUCUCGAUUGUUGUCGUCGCCGUUUUUGUUGUUUUUUUUUUCUAUCCUGGCCCCCUUCCCCCCCCCCGAGCAAUAAGCUGAUGUCGAAAAAACGUCGCAGAUCUGACCCACUGACCCCUCACCCCCCUGCUGUGCAUGGCGCGGUCGGUCGUCGCGUUGCGUACGUGCCCGUGCGGUGGUAGGUGACGGCCGUUCCCUUCUGCUGGGUUCGUUUUGCAAGAGAGCUUUUUUAAAAAAAGAAUUAUCGCCGAUUCUAAACGAUUUCCGCGGGGCGACAAAAGCACAUUGUGGACUCGGGGGAAACCGCAGCGUGUUUGCGUCGGCUGCGGGACACACGGAGCAUCCUCGGGUAACGAUAGCAGCAGCAGCAACAACAACAGCAACAACGGCAACAACAGCAACAACAACAGCAACAACGGCAACACCAACAAGUUGUCGGUAGCUUUAUUUCCUCCUCGUGUCAACUCCCAGGGUGAAGAUGACGUCCGUGUUGGGGAAACGUCAUCACGCGCGAGCACCGUUGCCACCUGUCCUCUGGUUGUUAUUUUUUUCUCCCCCCCUUCCCCCAAGGAUCCACAACCUCUUGGUUCUCAAAGGGUUAGCUGCUGGGGAAAUCUCAUCAUCCUUGCCGGGGGGGGGUACAUUAAAAAUCUCUCCCGGCUUGUGUCGGUUGUGGAGUGGUAGUCGUAGUAGUAGUAAUAAUGUUGACGGCGAUGAUGAAGACGAUCAUUCUCCACUCGGCGAUUAUCCCCCUGGUUGUUGGGUAGCCUCCUCAAGGGGCGGUGGCGACGACGCCGACGGUUUAAGCUUCACCAUUGGAACCUCAUCGGUUUCAGCUUCGCCGUGGCACGGCGGAGGGGAACCGCCGGUGUUGUGAACUCGGUGAAGGGAGAGCGCCAAGCAGCGUGCUUUGCAAACCCCCUCUCGGUUAUUUUGUUUUUAUCUUAAACGGGGACACGAUGGGGGGGUCACGUGGGGCGAUUGAUGGAACGCGUGAAAUUGUAUCGUGCGCGAGAGCACGUCGGUAAGAUAAUCAGGCGCGUCGAUGAAUCUGCCAAUGUAAACAUAUAACUUGGCGAUACAAUUUGAAUCCAUGCGGUAACCCAGAACGACGAGUAAAAAGACCCCUUCCAGACUCGCCCGAUCGUAAGCAACGUGGUUGCCGUGAGCAACCAGUGAGUGCGAACAAAUGACGUCACGUGCGCAGAGCGACAGUUUGAGUGUUUUUUGUACACUUAUUGGCAGCUAGCUAGGAUUACCUCACUAAAUGGACAAUUGGUUAUAAUAUUUGAUGUUCAUUAUUCGUACUUUAAUUUACUCAGAACCACGUUGGGGGGUUACUCUGUUGGAACAAAACUCAACAAAGGAGGGGGGGGGUACAGGACCUAGACCACAAUCACCACCAUCGUCACUAUCAUCACCACCACAACCACUAUCAUCACCACCAACAACACUGAUGAUGUUACCACGCCGCUUGCGCCAGGCUAGGUGCACGUUAAGGCCGCGUUGAAGUGUCGAAAGCUCCGCUGGCAGGAGGUCGCGGGACAGGCCCAGGUGCCACUAUCACCACAACCACUAUCCACCACCACUCUCGUCAUCACCACAACAAUUAUCACCACCACUCUCAUCAUCACCACCACUCUCGUCAUCACCACAACAAUUAUCACCACCACUCUCAUCAUCACCACCACUCUCAUCAUCACCACAACAAUUAUCACCACCACUCUCAUCAUCACCACAACCGCUAUCACCAUAGCCACUAUCCACCACCACUCAUCACCACCACAACCACUAUCCACCACCACUCUCGUCAUCACCACAACAAUUAUCACCACCAUUCUCAUGACCACCACUCUCAUCAUCACCACAACCGCUAUCACCAUAACCACUAUCCACCACCACUCAUUAUCACCACCACAACCACUAUCCACCACUCCUCUCGUCAUCACCACAACCACUAUCACCACAAUUCUCAUUACCACCACCGCUAUCACCAUAACCACUAUCCACCACCACUCAUUAUCACCACCACAACCGCUAUCACCACAACUAGAGCCACCCCAAAAUAGUUUUACUUUUGCAACGGCUUCUACUUCACAAACUUCACGUUGGCCACGAUCUCUCCGCUGCUGGAUGAGGACCUUCCGCCCCACGGCGUAGCUCCCCCCACCCCCCACGCCUCGAUGCCAAAACUCGUCACGGCUAAACUCCCGGUAAAACACCUCCCGAUUUGCACGGUCGGCUACGUGGCGUGCGAAAGAAUUUGAACGUGCGUACACGCAACGUGCAAUGAGAGCCGCGGGAGUUUAACAAGCGCCCCGCCUGCCCGCCCGCCCACCCGCGGGUUUAGGGGGCCGUGAGACCCAGGGGGAGUUGAACCCCCAGUGCCUGCUGACCCUACCCCCGACGAGGGCAAGUCACGAGCCCGUGCGAGAUUCUUGUUGUUGUUGGCAGUGUUGAUUAUGCAAGUGGGAUGUGUGCGACCUUCGUAGGAAUGACACGGGUCGACCGUGCUCGUGGAAAAAAAAAGAAAUCAUAGUUUAUCGCGACGCUGGUUUUGAUGCCUAUCGCCGCCGCGACCUUACACCACGGGUCAACUCUCAAUUGUGUCCCGGUUUGAGAUUUUUAACCGACCGCUCUUGCGUUAAGUAAAAAAAACAAGCCGACGUUAUCAUCGUGCGCCGCGACUCGCGUCCAACUCAACGCCGCCCGCCCCUCGUCGAGAGCUUUGGCCGUGAGCUCGACUGCAAACGCGUCGGCGAACGAAAGCCCCGUUGGCUCGUGAGCGCGGAUUUUCAAAAAUUGCAGGCGACGCAUUCUCCCCUCUCCAGCCGACGAUCGUUCAUUUCCACCCCGGCCCCCCCCCCCCCCCCCCCCCCCACGCUCGCUCUCCUCCGAUUAGCGCGGCUCUGCUACGUACGGUGCGAACGAGGUUGAACGUACAUGCACGCUACGCAGGUAACAAACAAUAAUGCUUAACCCUGCCGUACGAAUGUUUUGUAUUGACGUCUUAUAUUUUAUUUUUGCAACACCGCCCCCCGCUCCUCCCCCCAUUACUCCAGAUAAACGAGAGCUGCCUGCAGCAAUAUUUAAUGGUUACUGUGCUAUCAUGGUUGUUACGGUUGAGUCGCACUUAACUGGAGCUGUCGAAUUACUGUUUGGGCUCGUGGCGGUUCACGCGUCCCUCCGUCUUAUCCGUUUUGCUGCGCCCAUGCCCCCCGGGGCGACGCUACAAGUUGCGUUCCACAAAGUUGUUGCGGUCCCGCUUUCAAAAACAAAUCGACCUUCGUUCUGUCUGUGUCCACCCCGCCCGACUCCCAGUGUAAAAGUAAAACAAUUCGUUUUCGUCUGUAGCACCGAGAGCGACACACACGCACACCACACGAUCAGUUUGCAAUGAAGGUGGGGUUUUGCAUUCGGCCCAGUCAGCCCAUAGCGUGUCCCCCCCCCCCCCAUGACCCCUUGCCUUAACACUGAAAUCGUAUUUCUCAAGACACAAGCCAUCACGCGCGGAAUUUUGGUCGGGUCAACAAUAUCGGGCACUCUGGAAUCUAUCGCCCCCCCCCCUCCCCCAAUUAAUUACGCUCGCCAAGUAACGAAUAAUAUCGGGUUUUUUUUUUCUGCCGGUCGGCGUCUGCGUACGCACGUUUACCUAUAUCACGUCCGUCGUGCGGGUCGGUUGAGCGAGUUGCGUGGGCGGCUCUGCGGUCCGCGGAUGGAGCUGUACAUAGUACUGAAGACAUAUCGCGCGUGCGGCAAUUCCCGCAGAAGCCGCACGGUUUUGGUGUAAAUGCGGCGCUCUGACAUCGUCGUCAUCAUUGCCGUGUUUAGUUUGUUGUCCUUCCCCGCCUAGCCCCCCCUUCUCCACCGCACCUCCCGAUGAACACGGGUUGGCUGCGUGAUGGCUGCGAAAGAAGUUGUGCGUGCGUCAUCGUCAUCAUCAUCAUUGGUGGCGGCAGGAAGUCACGGUCGAUCCACUGCCGGGUGAUGCUCUCGGCUGCAACGGCAACACGUCGCGACGGUCCACCCCCAGCCAGCCGCCUGCUACGCGAACUGAUUCCAUAUCCCCUUCUCCGCCUCCUCCGCCCUCGGUGGUGGUGGUGGUGUUGGUUGGCUGUACCGCACUGUGUACUGUAUAUAUGUAUAUGAACGAGUGCGGGAAGUGCGCCCCGCUUGUGUCGUUGUUAACCCCCCGGGGGUUGGGGGGGGGUCAGCGGCUGCCCGCGUGGUUUUUUGUUGCUUUCUCUCGCCGACUUGCUGUCGCCCGUGUCAAUUCCACGCCGCUGUGCCCCGAGGAACGGUAUAUCGGUAAAACACUACAAAACCGGACAUUUUUUUUUUCCGUUCACCAUUUUGGGCACAAACCUAUCCAAGAUGUCCGCAGUUGCCUUGCCCACAUGGAGUCUGUUGGGGAGUUCCAUGCUACAAAGCCCGUGGGAGCAGUGGAUUGUUGCGGUUUUGACGUUGGAUCGGGUCCUGGUCCAAUUUCCCAUGGGACCCUGCCCAACGUCCAGGCACGGUUCGUCUACGUAACGGCGCGAAGGGAUUUCGACGUCGAUUUUUCGGUGGUGUGGCGCGCGGUUGUCCUUCAACCACCACCACCACCCCCCCUACCCCUCUCUCUCUCUGGCGGUCUUGUGAUGAUACCAAUCUGCCAGCGGUGGAGAUGGAGCGACGAUGAGAUCGGAUCCCGACGGCUUGUGGAGGCCUCCGUCCAGCGCUGAUAUCGAUUCUUGAAACUAAAGUCCCAUCCGGUUAAAUUAAAACUGAAAGGCCCACUGAGCUCUACAACUCUUUUUUUAGAAGCGACCUUGCACAAAUAAUAGCUCAACAGCAGAGUGACCUAUCGUCAUCACGUGGAAAUUUGUAGCAGCCAAAUAUAUUCUAAACACCGUGACAUUGAUUCUAAACGUGGAGGGAAACACCGCAGGAUCCGGAGAAAAUCCACGCGGCCACGGAGAGAGACACACGCAAACUCCAAAUAUGCAGCAGGCAUUGGGGUCGGGAUUGAACCCACGACCUCCUGUACACCAGGCGAGGUAGUUAACAUCUCCUAGCCACCGUGAUGAUGAGAGAGAGAGACACGCAGACUCCAAAUAUACAGCAGGCGUCGUCAGGGUCAGGGAUCGAACCCACGACCUCCUGUACACCAGGCGAGGUAGUUAACAUCUCCUCGCCACCGUGAUGAUGAUGAGAGAGACACGCAGACUCCAAAUAUACAGCAGGCGUCGUCAGGGUCAGGAUUGAACCCACGACCUCCUGUCUACCAGGCGAGGUAGUUAACAUCUCCUAGCCACCGUGAUGAUGAUGAGAGAGACACGCAGACUCCAAAUAUACAACAGCAGGCGUCGUCAGGGUCAGGAUUGAACCCACGACCUCCUGUCGACCAGGCGAGGUCGUUAACAUCUCGCCACCGUCACGCCCGAGUUGCCUAGCUUACCAUUGAUCAUGUCGAGUUUGGUUUCAUUCCCGUCCACUGCGAGUCGAUGUCUGAACCGGUCUUUGGCUCCAUCGCACACUUAAUUUGACCAAGCCGCUUUGACCAGCAUGGUGAAGUAUGGUCAAAUAACCCCCAUGAUCGACACGGAUUGUAGGAGGCCUUCAAUCCAGCAGUGGUUUCAUUAUUGUUGUAUAAUUCCAUGGUAACGGGGAGUGAGUGGCCUUCACUUUUCGUACAGCGGCAGGCCACGUAUCACAAUUGCAGUUUUGAGUUGAUCGCAUCACGCUAGAGAGAGUGUCUCUCCACACUUUUAAUCUUUAAACACUAAAAAUUUAAAUAAAAGUUUUAUUUGUAUUUUGCAACUUAAUAUUUUUUUUUUCCUCCUUCUUGGGUAAACACUGAAAAUAAGAGAAAACACAUAACGUGUUGGACUUGAAAGGCAGUUAUAUGAUAGUUUUUAUCUGUAAUCAUGUUCUUGUUGUAAUAAAACACAAACCUUGA